AAAAGGUUGUAGAUAAACCUGCAGGGCAGAUGACUUCCUGGGGGGAGGCAGACAUAGCACCUGGUGGAGCAGGUUGAUUGGGGCAGAAAUUCCAGUUGUGGUUCAUCUUCUGGUUCCUACAAACUGUUUCUGGUCACCUGCUUUGUCACCUGUGGAGAGAAGGCUGACGGCGUAAAAGGAAUGCACUUCACAUAAGAUAAUGCAGAAUGGAUGGAGAGUUGUCAGCUGGUGCACAGAAACCUGCAAGUUCACAUAUGAGGAAAUUGCUUUGGUUUGAAGGAGGUUUUGAGAGGAAGCAAGAGCAGUUACUUAAGAAAAUGUCAAGUGCAAGAAGAUGGAUGAAGCAAAGGAGAAACUACAAAUUAGUUGAUCCCAGGAGUACAGGGAUGGCUCAGUGCAUCUUGUACAGUGAGUGGAAGGUACACGGACAAAGUGAAUCAUUCCUAAGUGAAAACAGUAAUGUUUUAACCACGCUGUGAAAAACGAAGGGGAUAAAGAGCAAAUGAAAAGAUUGAAGACAUCAAUGGCUGCCCAAAAAACAGAUCUCAAAUGAUUGAAAACAUAGACGCAUGCCUGAGUUUCCUGGCUGCUAAGGGGAUUAACAUACAGGGGCUGUCAGCGGAAGAAAUCCGGAAUGGGAAUCUAAAGGCCAUCCUGGGCCUCUUCUUCAGUUUGUCUCGAUACAAGCAACAGCAGCAGCAGCCGCAGAAACAGCCAGCACAGCACCAUCUGUCCCAGCCAGCUCCCUCUGUGUCCCUGCAAGCAGGGCCUGCAUCUCAGGGCCAGGCUGGGCCGCAGCAGCAGCAAGUGCCAGCUUCGCUCCAAACUCAGUGCCAACAGCCCCAGCAAGCUGUACAGCAUCCGUUCAAAGCACAACCAGAAAUGCAGUCAAGGCUCCCAGGCCCGACCACAAGGGUGUCCACUGCAGGCAGUGAGACAAAAACUCGUGGUGCUGUCAGUACCAACAAUCGCCGCAGCCAGAGCUUUAACAAUUAUGACAAGUCCAAGCCUGGAGUUCUUCUUCCAGCAUCCACAAGUUGCAAUGAAAAAGAGCCUGCAGACAGUACAGCCUUCCAGCCCACAGGAAUGAAUGAAAAUGUAUCAUCCUCAGUUCAAAGCUGCAGCGUUACUACUGGUUGCAAUAACUCCUCGGCCAUCCCUCAGCCCAGCUCUGCUAUUAAGCCUUGGCGCAGCAAGUCCCUCAGUGCUAAGCACACAGCGACGUCUUCCAUGCUAUCCGUAAAGCAGCCCGUACCAGAGCCUCCAAAACCACCCUCAGAAGUCGUCAAAACAACUCCCAAUGGCCAAAAAUCCAUGCUGGAAAAGUUGAAACUCUUCAACAGCAAAGGAGGCUCCAAAGCAGGGGGGACGACGCUUGAGUGUUCCACAUCUCGUGACAGCAGUUGUGAAAAGCUAGAGACACUUCCCAGCUUUGAGGAGAGCGAAGAAAUCGAUGCCACAAAUCAGAAUGUGAGCAAUCCAGGAUCAAUGUCCAGUAGCCCCAAAAUUGCACUCAAGGGAAUCGCACAAAGGACUUUCAGCCGGGCACUGACUAACAAGAAAAGUUCUCCCAAGGGUAAUGAGAAGGAGAAAGAGAAACAGAAGGAGAAAGAAAAGGAUAAAAGUAAAGACACGGGAAAAAGAACAUCUAUGACCGAAAAGCUGGGUGUGAAAGAGGAACCAAAAGAAGAGCAGACAGUGCUAGCAACAGCAGAGAUGCCAAAAAAGUCCUCAAAGAUUGCAAGCUUUAUUCCAAAAGGAGGAAAGCUGAACAGUGCCAAGAAGGAGGCCUCGGCCCCUUUGCACAGUGGAAUACCAAAACCAGGAAUGAAAAACACUGCAGGGAAAUCCUCAAGUGCCCCAGUUUCUACAAAAGAAAGUGAGAGGAGCCGCAGUGGGAAACCUGGCUCGGGACUCUCGCAUCAGAAGUCUCAGCUAGACAGCAGGAAUUCCAGUUCCUCUUCAAGCUUAGCCUCUUCUGAAGGAAAAGGCAUCGGAAGCCUCAACAGCAGCAACAGCAGCCAGUCUGUCAGUGGGCCGGCCACCACACACAGCACGGGAAGCAACACCGUCAGUGUUCAGCUACCUCAGCCCCAGCAGCAAUACAGCCACCCGAACACGGCCACAGUAGCUCCGUUCAUGUACAGAUCCCAGACAGAGAAUGAAGGAAAUGUAACAGCUGAGGCCAGCACAGGAGGGGUCAGCAUGGAUCCUACUCUCUAUGUCAAAACUGGACAGCCUGCUGUCGAAGACCUCUCAGGAGAGGAUCCAGAAACUCGGCGAUUAAGAACUGUGAAAAACAUUGCCGAUCUUCGACAGAACUUGGAGGAAACAAUGUCCAGCUUGCGGGGAACCCAGGUCACUCACAGCACCUUGGAAACGACAUUUGACACCAACGUGACCACCGAGAUCAGCGGUCGCAGCAUUCUCAGCUUGACGGGACGACCCACCCCUUUGUCAUGGAGACUGGGGCAGUCCAGCCCCCGCCUGCAGGCAGGUGAUGCUCCGUCCUUGGGGAAUGGCUAUCCUCCCAGAGGGAACGCCAGCCGCUUCAUCAACACAGAAUCAGGACGUUACAUGUAUUCAGCACCUUUGCGCAGACAGCUGGCAUCCCGCGGUAGCAGCGUCUGCCAUGUGGACAUCUCAGACAAAGGAAGUGAUGAAAUAGAUUUGGAAGGCAUCACCAUGGAUGCCACCGGCUACAUGAGUGAUGGAGAUGUGCUGGGCAAGAAUAUCAGGACUGACGAUAUCACCAGUGGGUAUAUGACAGAUGGUGGCUUGGGCCUCUACACGCGAAGGCUAAACCGGCUGCCUGAUGGCAUGGCUGCAGUGCGGGAGACCAUGCAGCGCAACACGUCUCUGGGACUUGGAGAUGCUGACAGCUGGGAUGACAGCAGCUCUGUCAGCAGUGGGAUCAGUGACACCAUAGAUAAUCUCAGCACUGAUGACAUUAACACCAGCUCCUCUAUCAGUUCUUACGCCAACACACCUGCCUCCUCCCGUAAAAACUUAGAUGCACAGACUGAUGCAGAAAAGCAUUCCCAGGUCGAGCGGAAUUCCUUAUGGUCCAGCGAUGAAGUCAAGAAAUCAGAUGGAGGAUCCGACAGUGGCAUAAAAAUGGAGCAAGGAUCCAAAUGGAGGAGGAAUCCCUCUGAUGUGUCUGAUGAAUCUGAUAAAAGCACUUCUGGUAGGAAGAACGCUGUUAUUUCACAGACGGGUUCCUGGCGACGGGGCAUGUCGGCUCAGGUUGGCAUUACCACACCAAGGACUAAACCUUCAACCACCUCGGGCACAUUAAAGACACCUGGAACAGGGAAAACUGAUGACGCCAAGGUAUCAGAGAAGGGUAGACUAUCUCCUAAGGCUGGACAUGUUAAACGUUCCCCAUCAGAUGCAGGACGCAGCAGUGGUGAUGAAUCCAAAAAGCUUCCCACAAGUAACUCUAGAGCAACUGCUGCUAAUGCUAAUGCAUUCGGAUUUAAGAAACAGAGCGGGUCAGCUGUAGGCAUGACCAUAAUUACUGCCAGUGGGGCAACUAUCACCAGCAGAUCAGCUACUCUGGGAAAAAUCCCAAAGUCGUCCGGACUCAUGGGUAGGACCGCUGGUCGGAAGACUAGUGUUGAUGGCUCACAGAACCAGGAUGAUGGCUACUUAGCGCUCAGUGCUCGAACUAACCUUCAGUAUCGUAGUUUACCCAGGCCCAGUAAAUCAAGUAGCAGAAGUGGAGCUGGGAAUAGAUCUAGCACUAGUAGCAUAGACUGCAACAUAAGCAGCAAAUCAGCUGGGUUGCCUGUCCCUAAAAUGAGAGAGCCUGCCAAGGUAAUUCUUGGAAGCUCUCUGCCAGGAUUAGUCAAUCAGACUGAUAAAGAGAAAGGGAUUUCGUCUGACAACGAAAGCGUGGCCUCAUGUAAUUCUGUUAAAGUGAACCCUGCAUCACAGACUGCUUCUAGUGGAGCUCAAAGUACUCACCAGCAAGGAGCCAAGUACCCUGACGUGGCCUCUCCCACUUUGCGCAGACUUUUUGGUGGAAAGCCUAGUAAGCAAGUUCCCAUCACAACAGCAGAAAAUAUGAAAAAUUCAGUAGUCAUCUCCAAUCCUCAUGCUACUAUGAACCAGCAGGGUAAUCUUGAUUCACCAUCUGGCAGUGGUAUACUAAGCAGUGGGGGCAGCAGUCCUCUCUAUAGUAAAAACACAGAUUUGAACCAGUCUCCACUAGCUUCUAGUCCCAGUUCUGCACAUUCAGCUCCUUCCAACAGUUUAACAUGGGGCACCAACGCAAGUAGCUCUUCAGCUGUUAGCAAGGAUGGCAUUGGCUAUCAGUCUGUCAGCAGUCUUCAUACCAGCUGUGAAUCCAUUGAUAUCUCUCUGAGCAGUGGAGGUGGGCUGAGCCAUAACUCCUCCGGGAGCUUGAUUCCAGCCUCUAAAGAUGAUUCUCUGACUCCCUUUGUCCGAACCAACAGCGUUAAGACCACACUGUCUGAAAGCGACCCACAUCUUGAUAGGAACACUUUGCCUAAGAAGGGACUCAGGUAUACUCCUUCCUCCCAGCUUCGUAGCCAGGAAGAUGCAAAAGAAUGGCUUCGCUCGCAUUCAGCAGGGGGGCUUCAGGACACUGCUGGCAAUUCUCCAUUUUCAUCAGGAUCCAGCAUAACAUCGCCUUCUGGAACUAGAUUUAACUUCUCCCAGCUUGCAAGCCCAACCACUGCAGCCCAGAUGAGCCUGUCAAAUCCAACCAUGCUGCGGACUCACAGCCUUUCCAAUGCAGAUGGUCCCUAUGACCCUUACAGUGACACCCGCUUCAGAAACAGCUCCAUGUCCCUGGAUGAGAAGAGCAGAACUAUGAGCCGCUCUGGCUCAUUCCGUGAUGGCUUCGAAGAAGUGCAUGGUUCUUCUCUCUCUUUGGUGUCCAGUACAUCAUCUAUUUAUUCGACACCUGAAGAGAAGUGCCAAUCAGAGAUUCGCAAGCUACGAAGAGAGUUGGAUGCAUCCCAAGAGAAGGUAUCAGCUCUGACAACUCAGCUGACUGCAAAUGCCCACCUUGUGGCAGCAUUUGAGCAGAGUCUGGGAAACAUGACGAUCAGACUGCAGAGCCUCACCAUGACAGCUGAACAAAAGGACUCUGAACUGAAUGAGCUAAGGAAGACUAUUGAACUACUGAAGAAGCAAAAUGCUGCUGCCCAGGCUGCAAUUAAUGGAGUCAUCAACACACCUGAGCUCAACUGCAAAGGAACUGGAGCUGCUCAACCGACAGACCUGCGGAUCCGAAGGCAGCACUCUUCAGAUAGUGUCUCCAGCAUUAACAGUGCUACCAGCCACUCCAGCGUGGGAAGCAACAUAGAGAGUGAUUCAAAGAAAAAGAAGAGGAAGAACUGGGUCAAUGAGUUACGCAGCUCCUUCAAGCAAGCUUUUGGUAAAAAGAAAUCUCCCAAAUCAGCAUCUUCUCAUUCAGAUAUUGAGGAGAUGACAGAUUCUUCAUUGCCUUCAUCGCCAAAGCUGCCACACCAUAAUUCUACUGUUUCUACACCAUUGCUGAGAGCUUCUCAUUCCAAUUCUCUUAUUUCUGAAUGCACAGACAGUGAAGCUGAAACAGUCAUGCAGUUACGCAAUGAACUAAGAGACAAGGAGAUGAAGUUGACUGACAUUCGUCUAGAAGCCCUUAGCUCUGCUCAUCAGCUCGACCAGCUUCGGGAGGCAAUGAACAGAAUGCAGAGUGAAAUCGAGAAGUUAAAAGCAGAAAAUGAUCGACUGAAAUCUGAAAACCACGGCAGCUGCAGCAGGGCUCAGUCUCAGGCUUCCAUUUCUUCCUCUCCAAGGCAUUCAGUGGGUCUCUCUCAACACAGUUUGAACCUCACGGAGUCGUCUAGUCUCGACAUGCUGUUAGAUGACACUGGUGAUGGCUCUGCCCGCAAGGAAGGAGGCAGACAUGUCAAAAUAGUUGUCAGCUUUCAGGAUGAAAUGAAAUGGAAGGAGGAUUCAAGGCCUCGCUCCUUCCUCAUAGGCUGCAUUGGAGUGAGUGGGAAGACCAAAUGGGAUGUUCUGGAUGGCGUUGUUAGACGGUUGUUUAAGGAGUACAUCAUUCACGUGGAUCCAGUGAGUCAGCUAGGGCUGAAUUCAGACAGUGUUCUGGGUUACAGCAUUGGAGAGAUCAAACGCACGAAUAGUGCUGAGACACCUGAGCUGUUGCCCUGUGGCUAUUUGGUUGGAGAAAACAAUACUAUUUCAGUUACCAUCAAAGGCGUCUGCGAAAACAGCUUGGACUGCCUGGUGUUCGAAUCACUGAUCCCAAAGCCCAUCCUGCAGCGCUACGUCUCUCUCCUGCUGGAACACCGGAGGAUUAUCUUGUCUGGCCCCAGUGGCACUGGUAAAACAUACCUAGCAAACCGGCUCUCUGAGUAUAUGGUCCUGCGGGAGGGCAGAGAGCUGGCUGACGGAAUUAUUGCAACCUUCAACGUGGACCAUAAGUCCAGCAAGGAACUCCGCCAAUACCUGUCCAACCUAGCAGACCAGUGUAAUAGUGAAAACAAUGCUGUAGAUAUGCCUCUUGUAAUCAUUUUGGACAACUUGCAUCAUGUUAGCUCCCUAGGAGAGAUCUUCAACGGACUUCUAAAUUGCAAGUACCACAAAUGUCCGUAUAUUAUUGGCACGAUGAACCAAGCCACCUCCUCAACACCGAAUCUUCAACUUCACCAUAAUUUCAGAUGGGUGCUAUGUGCUAACCACACUGAGCCAGUCAAGGGCUUUCUUGGCCGUUUCCUGAGAAGAAAAUUGAUUGAAACAGAAAUCAGCAGCAGAAUGAGAAAUGCAGAGCUGGUUAAAAUUAUUGAUUGGAUUCCUAAGGUCUGGCAACAUUUGAACAAGUUUUUGGAGGCCCACAGCUCCUCCGAUGUUACUAUUGGUCCACGGCUCUUCCUCUCUUGUCCAAUAGAUGUAGAUGGUUCAAGAGUUUGGUUUACUGACUUGUGGAACUACUCCAUCAUCCCAUACCUGCUGGAGGCAGUCAGAGAAGGGCUGCAGCUGUACGGGAGGAGAGCUCCCUGGGAGGACCCUGCCAAAUGGGUAAUGGACACGUACCCAUGGGCAGCCACCCCACAGCACCACGAGUGGCCUCCUCUGCUACAGCUGCGACCUGAGGACGUGGGGUUUGAUGGCUACUCCUUGUCACGGGAAGGCUCGACCAGCAAGCAAGUUCCAGUGAGUGAUGCUGAAGGAGAUCCACUGAUGAACAUGCUAAUGAGACUGCAGGAAGCAGCCAACUAUUCAAGUCCCCAGAGUUAUGACAGUGACUCUAACAGCAACAGCCAUCACGAUGACAUUCUCGAUUCAUCUCUGGAGUCAACGUUGUGAUCUUCAUCGGAUAGAAAUAGGGCAUUUCCAUGAUUGCUGUCCCACUUGACAAGAAUCCCAAUCACAAACUCAUGAAAGGAACGUGUUCCUGGGCUGGGCUGGUAUCUCAGUGUUAGAGCUGCAAUAACAAGAAGACACUUAGAGUCAGUCUUGAACCUGGGUGCAGGCAACCCAAGCAACAUUUGUAUUGUUUUUCUUCUUACAAUGAUAAGAGCUGCACUGUUCCUUUGUUUUCUUCUGUUUAGUUGCUGUAAGCUCUCAUGCCUAAGAUGCUGAAGAUGCUAAAAAUAGUCAUCGUUACUAAAAGAAAAAACAGUUAAAGGGGGUGGAUUUCACAACUAUGAAGCAAACAGCUUUGUGCCAUGUAGAGAAGGAGAGGGGAGAGGAAAUUUUUGCCUAUGCUGCUUUUGACCAAACACAUUUAGGUGAGGGCUGGACUUUUACCAAUCAGCUUUGCAGAUUAAACUCAGCUUUGUAUAGUUCUGGUGCUAUAACAAUACUGCUUGCCUUGGUAUAAUACUCCAUAAAGGCAAAGCUGCUAAACAGGGAAGUUUAAAUAAGUAUAAUAAAAGGGGGGGAGGGGGGAAGAAUGAAAAGAAAAAACACUGCUCUCCUUGCCAGUCUGAGACCUUGGCUUUCUUUUGUUAUGUGUUUGUAAAGAUAGACAUAUAUAUAAAUAGGAAUAUAUAAAAGUAUAUAUACAGUCUGAACAAAUCAGGUUUUUUCCAGCACUGUGUAACCAUCAGUCCUACUACUGGUUAACUAUCAGGUGGCCCUCUGCUGGGCAGGGCCCAGUUCUCCUCCACAUCCAUCUGUGAUGCUCAGUUGACUUCAGCGGGGGGGAGUUUCCCUCUUCUGCAGAAGUCAGCACAAGUCCUACAGCUCUACAGGACCUGAGGGAGCACAGGGGCAUCCUGUGAGCCCUGUGUGCGCAGGAUAGGUAGCUACACCCCUGAAGGGAUGGUCAGACUUUCAGUUCUUAAUUCAUGCCAUGAAACGUUACAGCAGUUUUCUAAAAAUGUUGGGUUUUGUUCAGGGCUUUUGUUCCUGUCAGCACAACCAUGAAUGGAUUAAUUACAACUCAGCUCUGUGACAGUUCCAAGUGCUACUCUGAUGACCAUGUUUCCUCCCAUGGCUUUUCUUUUUAACUGCAAAAAAAAAAAAAAUAAUAGUAUUCUAGCAGGAAGGAAGGUACUGUGUCUUUUGAGUUUACCCAGGCCAUGCUUUUGAGUUUUGGCAGAGCUGUGAACCUGGUUUUAUUUCUCCUCCUCUCCGAAUAUGCACACCUAUGCUCUCAGCGUUAAGGCUUUGUACUUCUGUUGGGGAACAGGAGCACCUCACCAAGAAUUGCACUUUCCUCUCUGUGGAAGCUGACGCUCACACCAGCAGCCCCACCAAGCCAGCUGCACUGGGCUGUACCUCAACACAACACCAUUCCUCACUGUUGGCCUGUACGAGCCUUCCCAGCUAUCUUUUGGUGCUGAAUUUUGAAGCGAUGCCUUAUUUUGUACUAUUUUUUUUAUUAUUAUUAAAUUAGUGCUGUAUAUUCUGGGAUUUUAUUUACAUAAACAGGGCUAAGUCAUCUCUUGGAAUAUCGUACAUUGCUGUGAAUAUGGUUUGGACAAGACGCUAGAAUUGGUCGCAAUGUGACAAAGAGAAAGGAGGGGAAUGAGAACUUUUCAGGUUCAUAUCAAUCUGCAGCUAUAAGUCCUUGAAGAGCUCUUUUAUCCAUGCAGGAAAAGAAAAAAGAAAAAAGAAAAAAAAAAAAAAAGGAUUUU